AAUCAAGGUGUAAACAUGACUAUCGGGUUUCUUUUGUGUGACAAGAAGAGCUGCACUGAGAUGGUAAUGCCAAUAUGUGCAGAUGGUAAACAAGAUAUGUUUGAGCCAAGUCCCUGGAACUUUACACAGUUUAGUGAGCAAUGUCAUAAAAGAUGGAAAACAUAUCCCAGAGAAAACUGGAUAGUUUCUGAGUACUGGGGUAAAAGUUUAGAAACAGCAAGUAAUAUUAUAUUUAGUAAUGGAGCUCUUGACCCCUGGUCAUCUGGUGGCGUAACCACAAGUCCAUCUUCUUCCAUUGUGCCAUUGUUGAUAGAGUCUGGUGCGCACCAUCUAGAUUUACGAGCAGCCAAUCCUCUUGACCCACCCUCUGUUUUAGAUGCUCGACAGUCAGAAAAAAAUCUGCUAAAGAUGUGGUUAGGUCAAGUGCAAGAUGAUAAGUCUGGACAAGGGGGUGGUGUAUAUAAUGUAUAUGCCACUGAUAAAUACACCAUUCCGUAAACAGUUUCUAUUAUAUUAUCUCCACACAACAUCUCUACGGGUGUUCUAGUUAUGUCUGUUAUUUGUUUAUUAUUUCAUGUAAUACUGUUAUUCUACCUGAAAUGCAUUGUAUAAUUAACUUUAUUUCCAACUUCUUAUAUAAUUACUAAUUAGUGAAGUAUUUUCUAUAUUUAAAAAAUUAAGAGCUGGAGGUAAAAAUGUAAGCAUUUAUAUUCUCUAAUAAAUGCCCCUCACCCCUACCCUUUUAGAGAUAGGAAAGAAAACCGUUCAAUAGCAGUAUAUUAAAAAGAUCAGGGAAAUCAAAACAAAGGUUAAUACUGCAUCUUUGCAUUAUAUAUAACCCAGUGGUAAACAACACAAAAACAGUAGAUUCUUUUAAUUUUGACCCUUUUUGUACUUUAAUUAUAGCCCAUUUUUUGGAAAAUAUAAUGCCCCUGAGGGUAUUUAUUAGAGUAUACAUGUAUAGUAAAAGACAACAAUUUAUAAGACUGGUGAUGUUUAAUAAGACAAAUCAGUACAUAUACAUUACAUGUAUUUAAUUGGCAUUAUUUAAUUGAUUUUACUUUAUUUACAAUGUUUUACCUUCUGGUGUCAAACUAUAUG